CACAUCAGCAGUGCCACGACAGCAGCAGUACCAACGUCAGCAGUGCCCGCCACCAUGACGGUUUCAGCUCUGGGCAUGGCAGGCCAAUUGACCAACGAGUCCAUUGACGAGUACGGACAGCGGUUUCUAGAUCAGCUUGCAAUGAUCGAGGCUGAGGUAAAGCGCCAGGCGGCAGCGGCGGCGGCAGCUGAAAAGCAGCGGUUUCAGGCCGAGGCUGACGCAGAUGCCCAGGCCCUCUGCAAGGAGGCCCAGGAUCUGCUACAGCGGCACGAAACCGCCAGCGUCGAAAAGCUCAAGUUCUGGCAUUUUGAAACAUCGGAGGACCAUGACGACGCCACACCGGAAGAGCGGCACAAGGAGUUCCUCUCCAAACUCGUGACCCGGUUGGUUUACACUUGUAACCACCUGCAGUCCGACGUCAGAAACAACACCAGGCACUGGCGCAACAGCACCUGGAACUGGAGAACCUCCGACGGGCAGUGCCGAACGACAAGGAUCUGCACAAGGGUGCUACACGGGCACUUGAUUCCCGUGUACAAGACUUGGAGCAAGCAGCACCAGGACCAGAUGCUGGCGAACCCAGCAGUGCAGCCUCAACCCGCCAAUUGGAGGAACGAGUUGAUCUCUCAGGAUCCCAAACAGCUCAGCGGUCGCUGGCUAGGGCGAGCGGCCGUACUUUUUUGUGGUUUCCAUGUAGUAGCAAUGCUUGGCGACAUCCGCACAUUCGCCGCACCAGCCACCAUCAGCGAGCAGCUCGGCACCUUGCAGACCGAACUCAAGCAGCUACACCAGUCGCCCGACAACGAUCGCAGCACCACUGCAUCCAGACACUACAAGAUGUCGACGUUCCGGAUCGAGAAGUUUGUCAACAAUACGCAUCAGGACCCAGUCGUCUGGUGGCAAGGCUUUACAACAAAGGUUGGGAUUCAUGAGGUCCCCGAACAUUUGUACAUCGCGGCGCUGUUCAUCAACGUCAAGGGUGGAUGCCAGAUCUGGCUCAGCCACAUGGCAACCAUCCACGGCGUCCAGGUCAACAACUUACACAAGAAGAUCUCCCGGGAAGAUCUAACGAGAGAAUGGAAGAAGCGGUUCAUUGUUUACGACGCCCCGAUGAUCGCCAUCAACCGCCUCUUCACCAUUACACGAGAAGACAACGUGGCAGCCAGCCCAUCUUCGCCGCCAACCUUCGCCUGGGAUUCGACGUCAUGGUCAAGACUUGAGAAUCUCGACCCGUUGACGUUCGCGAACUUCCGAUGGAUCCCCCUUCCCCCGACCGGUCGAUUGCCGAAACCACAUUGCAACGUGCUCAUGGCACAAUUGCGAGAUUACUUGCACAUUGCAGUACUAGCUCCGUUGAUGGACGUCGGAGUAGAGGUUGUUGACCUUCACAACUACGUUGCGAAGAUCGACCGCGAGUUCAAGACACAACGCGAGGCCGUGUCCUUUGACAUUUUGGACACUAAGUUCGACAUGAUCUUGGGCAUGUCAUGUCUGCGAAGCGAGGAUCACCCGGUGAACUUCUACCGCAGCACCGUUCACGUUCGUGAUCAGAACAGAGUACUAGUCCAAUGCACGGUGCCUCCACCUCACCCUUCAAUCAGUUGUCACGUGGUGUCCGCCGCAAGCAUUCGAGCUUCCAUCACCAAGCACGACAUUGAGAUGGGGGUGUGUUUUCUCCACGCCCUCCCUCCCCAUGACAUCCCAUCGACGGACGCAUCAACGGACCCACGCAUCAGCGAGCUUCUCGACGCCUGCGGCGACGUGCUCGAAGCCCCGCACGCAUUAGUACUGGAUCGGCCCAUCCGCCACGAGAUCAUCCUCGAGGUCGAGGUUGUACCUCCACGUGGUUGCAUCUACCGCAUGAGCGAGGAAGAAUUAAGUGUGCUACGGGCACAACUCGACGACCUUCUUGAGAAAGGUUGGAUUCGGCCUAGCUCUUCGCCAUACGGCGCUCCCGUUCUCUUCGUUCGGAAGAAGAACAAGGACUUGCGGUUGUGCAUCGAUUAUCGCAAGCUCAACGCGCAAACCGUCAAAAAUGCCGGCCCUCUUCCGCGCAUCGACGACCUCCUUGAACGGUUGGGCGGCGCUAAGUUCUUCUCCAAGCUAGACCUCAAAUCGAUAUAUCACCAACUCGAGAUCCGGCAGGAGGAUGGCUACAAGACCACGUUUAAGACGCGAUAUGGGCAUUUCGAAUGGCUGGUUAUGCCUUUUGGCCUUACGAAUGCCCCGGCCACAUUCCAAGCGGCUAUGACAACGGAGUUCCGACACAUGCUGGAUAGAUUUGUACUCGUCUACCUCGACGAUAUCUUGGUGUACAGUCGUAGUUUGGACAAGCAUAUGGAGCACCUGCGCACCGUUUUGGAACGGCUACAACAAGCGAAGUACAAAGCCAACCACGACAAAUGCGAAUUCGCGCGACAAGAGCUCGAGUCCUUAGGCCAUUAUGUGAUGCCACAAGGCAUCCAUCCGCUGGCGGACAAGAUCGAGGCCAUCCGCAUAUGGCCCGAGCCCACCAACACCACGGACGUUCGCUCAUUCAUGGGAUUGGCGGGCUACUAUCAACGCUUCAUCACCGGGUACUCAAGGAUUGCGGCACCAUUGACCAGAUUACAAUCGCCGAAGGUGCCACUCGUAUUCGAUGACAAUGCGCGUCGAUCUUCCAAGCACUCAAGACGGCCAUGCUCAUGGCACCCAUCCUUAGCAUCUACGACCCCACCUUGCCAAAGAGAGUGACAAUUGACGCUUCCGGCUAUGGCAUUGGGGCACUCUUGGAACAACACGACGACGAUGAUUGGCACCCCGUGGAGUAUUUCAGCCACAAAGUGCCUCCCAUCAACUCACUUUAUAAUGCAAGGAAGAAGGAGCUACUCGCGUUCGUGAUGGCUCCCAAGC